UACACACUCGCAACAUUGUUAAAAAUAGUCUACACUUCAGUUCAAUCACAUCUCACUAAUACGUCUAUUAUCUCUCCUGCAGGAACCAUCUGACAAGACUGUUCCACGAGAGGUCGGUUUGAUGAUUAUGAUGAGCAGAGGUCCGAAGGUUCCUCAAGUUAUACAGCUGCUGGACUGGUAUGAGGCACCAGACCGAUACAUACUGGUGCUGGAGCAUCCCAAAUCAGCUGUGAGCCUGGACCAGUUUGUAUCCUCUUGUGGGAACAAAAUCAGCGAAGCGAAAGCACGAGUGGUGAUGCACCAGGUGAUCACUGCUGCCAACGCAUGCUGCGAAAGGGGAGUCUACAAUAACAUCAAGCUGGAGAGCCUGCUCAUCAACCCCCACACCUUGCAGGUCAAACUGAUGGACUUUGGCACGGGAAGCCUCAUUAAGGACUCUGGCUAUACAAAAUUUUGGGGCUCAAUAGCUUGUAUUCCCCCGGAGUUCUAUCAGAAGGGAAGGUUCCACGCCAAGCCUGCAAUCGUGUACUCUUUAGGGAAACUGUUGUUCAGGAUGCUGUGUGGACACUACCCUCAUAUGGAGCUCCACAAGAUUGUCAAAAGAACCUGGCAGCCUGAAGACCUAUCCAAAGAAGCCGUAGAUCUGAUCUGCUCGUGUCUGCAGACUAAGCCAGACAAGCGGCCUCUACUUGACGAGAUCCUUCACCAGAGAUGGUUCCAGGUCUUCAUCCUGAAGCCAAACAACAGACGAAAAGAUUAAGAUCAGAACAUCCAGCCUCUUCAUUCAGCCGUCAACACCAAACUUCUCCUCUUCAUCGAUCCACUAACACCGAACUCCUCCUCUUCAUCCAGCCACUAACACUAAGCUCCUCUUUUAUAUUCAGCCAGAAACUCCGUCAAGCCACAAACAUGGGGCAGUUUGUGGCUUUACGAAGAGAAAAAGCUGAAUGGGGCUGGUGUUUGUGGUUGCGUGGAAAGGAGGAGCUGUUUGGGGCCGGUGUUUGUGGUUGAUAAAGAGGAGGAGCUGAAGGGGGCCGGCGUUUGUAUCUGGAUGAAGAGAAGAUUUUUUGUUUAUUUUUGGAGAUU